CUCCUCCUCUGCAGCCGUCAGAGCCUCGCCCUCUCUCCCUCUUUCCGCUGCUUCCUGCUCCCGGGAUCCGGGCCCCGAGCUCUGGGGCCAAGGCGCCCGAGGCUUCCCGGGGCGCUCGGCCAGGAUGGCCUUAGCUCUGUGUCUGCAGGUGCUGUGCAGCCUGGGGGGCUGGCUCUCACUCUACGUUUCUUUCUGCCACCUGAAUAAGCACCGAAGCUAUGAGUGGAGCUGCCGACUGGUUACGUUCACCCAUGGAGUCCUCUCGAUCGGUUUCUCAGCUUAUAUUGGCUUCAUUGAUGGCCCUUGGCCUUUUACCCACCCAGGCUCGCCCAACACACCUCUCCAAGUGCACGUUCUGUGUCUCACCUUGGGCUACUUCAUCUUCGACUUGGGCUGGUGCAUCUACUUCCAGUCUGAGGGUGCCCUGAUGCUGGCUCACCACACACUGAGUAUCCUGGGCAUCAUCCUGGCCCUGGUGCUCGGAGAGUCAGGCACAGAGGUCAAUGCAGUCCUCUUCGGAAGUGAGAUCACCAACCCCUUGCUACAGAUGCGCUGGUUUCUCCGUGAAACAGGCCGUUACCACAGUUUCACUGGAGACGUGGUGGACUUCCUCUUUGUGGCUCUGUUCACUGGAGUGAGGAUUGGUGUAGGGGCUCGCCUCCUUUUCUGUGAAAUGGUCUCACCCAAGCCCAAGUGGUUUGUGAAGGUUGGGGGAGUGGCGAUGUAUGGUGUGUCUUGGUGUUUCAUGUUUAGCAUCUGGCGCUUUGCGUGGAGGAAAAGCAUCAAGAAGUACCAUGCCUGGAGAAGCAGGAGGAAUGAGGAGUGGCAGCUGAAACAUAAUGGACAUCUCAAGACGCACUAGCCAAGGCUUACUCCAGACCAGUGACUGGGUGAAGUCAGCCUUGGGAACCAGGUUGGACAUAUGGCUGUUAUGGAAUCAUGCUUAUAACAAACUUAGGUUUCAGAAAAGGGCUACAUUUAUCGAUGAGUUUGGUCGGUCUUCGAGCAGAGCACAUUCCAGUGUUAAGACACGAAUUUCUACAGUGGUGCAGUUGUAGAAAGUGAGGCUACCCAGCAGUAGUUGUGAAUAAGUCAGAACUGUGAGGUGAGCACGCUGCAUUCCUUUUAGUUUGUGGUGAUCCUGGCUCCUCUGGUCCCCGGGAGGCUUGACAAUCAGACAGCUUAGACAGGAACUCAGAAAAGAUUAGUGCUGUUUCUUCCUCAUUCCUUUGAGAAGGGGCUCCUUCAACAAACGCUUAUUCCUGCUUUCAUGUAGCAGCUUAAAGACAUGCACUCCAUUUACUCUAAAGUGAGGAACUCUCAGGAAGAUACAUGCCUUUGGCAUUCUGAGCAUUGGCUCAGGGAAUUGGAUGGGGGGAUAAACAGAUAAGACAAGGAUGGGGGUGAAACUGUGGAAGUGUUGGGGGGUUACUUACUGAGCCUCCCUGCACCAUGUACUUUGUAUAUAUCAUACAGGACUCCCAGGACCACCCUCAGGCUUGGUGCUUCACGAGGAGGACUCGCAGGACUCAGCACCUGGUCGUGCUCAUAGCUUUGAUUUAUUAUAGUAAAAGUGUAUAACGAAAGAUCAGCAAAGAGAAAAGGCACGUGGAGCAGAGUACAGGGGACACCAGGCCCAAGCUUCUAGAGCCCUCUUCCACUGGCAUCACGCAGGAUGUGCUUAUUUCCUCUAGCAAUGAUUUGUUCACAGUAUAUGUGAAAUGUCUACCAAGGAAGCUCAUUAGUCACUUAGUGCCCAAGGUUUUAACUGGGGGGCUGGUCAUGUAGACAGCCUUUGCCCGGUAUGGAGAAGUCAGCCUUACCCUGACUCCAAGAAGGAAAGGAGGUGUUCAGCAUGAACCAUACCAUUUGCACAAACAGUUUAGGCCCAGUGAGCCAGUCUUAUCAGUUAAUGUUAGAGUUAAUGCCCUCCCGAUGGCAUCUAAGUCUCCAGAUGUUGGCCUUGGGCCAACCUUGCAAACAGCCCCUUCCACGGACAGCAGUUCAGGCCUGCUAUGUUAACUCCUUCCUGCACAAAAACCAUAGAGCUAGAGCUUUGGAUGAGAGAUGAAUGAAUUGUGGGUAGAUUUACCGAGUCCUGUUGUACGGGUUCUGUCCUACCAGGAAAACUAUGCCAGUUCUCAGGGCUUUUGUGCAUUAAUCUCCAAGGCAUGAGAGGCUGGGACUGAAUUCCAUAGGGACUUACCAUGUGGAUUCCACUGGACUUGAGAUGCCAGUUCAGGUUUCAGUGCUGCUAUACAUACUGCAAACUAGAACCAAAGACCAAAUGUCCUGGCCGCAGGGUGAGAGGCCAUUUUUUUUUUUCCAUUUCAGAUACAUUCUAUCUUCGUCCCGUUACUACUUUUUAAUCUGGAAAAGGUGCCACUCUCUCUGGACAAAGUAUGACAAGGCCAAUUUUAGAAGGAAAGAAAUACUUAUUAGCGCAAUAGUCUCUCAUCUCAAAUAGGAAGAGCAAGAAAGCUAAGUGUAGAACAAGAGGUUAGGAAUUGAGACGGAAUUCCAGGGUUCUUUGAACUAAUUUGGCUACUCACCUGACAGAUCAUUUGGACAGGUCACUUGUUUACUCCUUGGUUCAGUUCAAACCCUGUUGUCAAUAAAGGAAAUACCCCAUUGCAUUUUCAUAGAGACAUUAGAUGGCAUUUUAUUAAUGCAGGUCUUUAAUGUAGGGCUUUUAUGGGAAAAAGGGAAGAUUUAUUUAUUUGUUUGUUUGUUUGUUGAGUAUUUAUUCAUUCAAUUGUGUUAUUGAGACCAGUGGUGACCCAGUAGCUCUGUUGAUGAGCAAAGGUACGGGGCUGUUGAAGUCAAGGCUGGAGGUCAGUAGGAAGUGUCAGCCCAUUUGACUGUCAUUGGUAAUCCUGGCCUAAUGAGCAGUCUUGAAAAUAGAUGUCAUUGGCCAGGCACGAUGGAGUGGUUGGAACCGCAUGAGGUCAUCAUUUCUCUGGGAAAAGCAGCUUUAAAGGCAUGUUAACCAUAGGUCUUUUAAAAUGAUUGUCAUUUGGUUAAGGAGACUUGCUGGACAUGAGAAUAAUCUGACAGUAGCAUCUCAUCUUUUUUCCCCUAUGAUCAGUAUCCCUGAAAUGCGGGUUAGCUUCUUUCCAACAAAACUGUGGUCAAAGUAGGAUGCUGGGGAAUGCUGAUUUUAGCAAAACCCUAGUUUAAAAAAAAAAAAAGGAGUGGCUUGGAACAAAAAAAAAAAAAAAAGAAAAAAGAAAAGAAAAGGAAAAAGCCAGCUCUUGAGUUUUGGCACAGUGCAGCCUGUCCCAUACCAGACAAAUGAAUAGACUUAAUCUGGUACCAGUUCGUUUCUCCUUAUUCCUCAGAAGUGAAGGGAUUGCAGAUUUUGCUCUUUUAGGGGAAGGUACGUAGGUUUUUUUGAGUUUCGAGAAACCUUAAUAAUGGUAAGGGAAGGAGAAUCCCUCAUUUCAGCUUUUCUUGAUGUUGUAGCUGAUAACGCUGAAGGAAUCUCGCUAGAGAAAAAUGUGAAAUGAAGGUGACUCAGCAGUGCAGAUGCUGAGUUUUUACAUGACAGGAAAAUGAAGGGCUAAAUACUAUGUGGUAUGGUCAGACAAAUGUACUCAUCUGCAUUUAGAUUACUGUGUAAUAAUUAUUAACACUGCUCAAGAAGGAUUUAUAUUUCAAUAAGAUUUGUACUAAAUUUUAUAAAAAAUAAACAACUUUUUAUCAA